CUUGUUGAUAUCGCUGUGUGUCAUGUCAGACAUUCGAGAAGAAAAAAUAAGUGAUCUUCAGUAUUUAGUGACGCAUUAAUCUGUAAAAAUCGAGUGUUCAAACAAUAAUAGUCUCUCGGACAAUUUUUUUUUCUAUUUAGUUGCCUAAUAAUUUAGGUAACUGAAGAAAUAGAAAAACAGUGACAGUCACCCAGUGGAUAACCUCCAUUAUAACUUCUAAAUUGGGGACAAUUUAAUUGGGAGAUGUAUUCACCACUGAGUACUCCAGGUUCUCAAGCCCUGGAGGCAGCCCGAAAAAACCCUGAUCUCCAGAUCUUCAAGAAACCGAGUGGAACACCUCUGCGAUCAAAAAAAUUCAAGGCAAAAAUUCUUGACGAAGAGGCGUACGUGGAGCGUAUGGGAAAAAUCAUAGAGCGAGACUUCUUCCCGGAUCUGGAAAAGUUAAAAGCUCAGAACGAUUACCUGGCAGCAUUGGAGCAAAAUGAUGUGAAAAAAAUGCGCGAGUUGUACGAGAAAUACAGCUCAGGUCGUCCUGUCACCGAGAGAGUAUCAAGUCCAGCGACAUUCGAGACACCUCUCCGAGAGGAACCCGGUGAAAUAUCCGACAGCGAAAGUGUCAUUGCAAAAUCAGAAAGCACUCUGGAUGAUGGUGUGAAAGACAGGAUUGGAUUGGACAGCUUUUUGAGUACUCACACUAGCGAGGACAAUGCGAGCUUCGAGGAGAUGAUGGAAGAGGCUGAGAAAAGACAGAGGAUAAAAUAUUCGUGGCUCUAUGAUGUCGAAGAGAAGUCAAAGCUACUGGCAAUUGAGGCGAACAAGAUAGCAGCUCUUGGGGAUGGAAAAGGGAUAAAAAAGCCCCUGUCACUCGACACCUGGAGCUACAAGAAUAAAAAUUACAUAAUGUAUGUCCCCGAUGGAGUGGAACUGACUCCAGAUGAGAAAGUAGAAAUGGCCAAGAGGAAGCAAGAAGUUGUCCAUGAUAACACUAGACUCACUGUCAAUCCAUUCAAUGAGAAACAGAAUAAAGAGACUAUUAAUGAGUUGGCAAAAUGCCAGUCGAAGGUGAAUGAUGGAAAAAUAGGAGUUGAUGGGAAGGAAAUAGUGAGGAAUCCAACGCCGCGGAUUAAUGGCUUCAGUUUUGUGGCCACGCCGAGUCCUAGACCUGGGGAAUGUGACAGUCCUUUGAUGACUUGGGGGCAGAUUGAAGGGACUCCUUUCAGGUUGGAUGGUGGUGAUACACCCCUGUUCAGGAGCAAUCAGGGCCCCUCGUUCAGGAUGGCUGAACCACCCAAGAGGGAAAAAAUAGCACUGCAGUUGGCGGAAAAGGCAGGGGAAAGGCACAGAGACAGGAAGAAUAAAGCUCUCGAAGCAGCCAGAAGAUCUUUUGCCACUCCGUCACCCAGGAGUUUAUCAACCAUUGAUCGUCUGAGCUCUAUGUCACCAGCAGCAAGAAGACUGGCUACCCAGAAAUUAAAAAUAAUCAGUACUCCCACACCUCGGAGAACACCAAGAACUCCUUCAAUCGGCGUUAAAACAACGAAUUUAACUCCAAGAUUUACAUCCGGCAGAACUCCAGAUCUCUCAGAUAAUCAGCGUCAAUCUCGAAAUAUCAUACUGACGGAUAAUCUUCUCAAUCUUCCACAGAGACAGCGAGCUGCCGAUUUUUUUAACAAAUGAAGAUCCCCUUUCACGUGCAAAAUACUUAUUUAUAUUCAGUGUAAAAAUCUCAUACCUCAUUACUAACUAUUGUAAAUACAUUUUUUUCCUGUUUGA